UCUGGGUAGAACGGUGUUAUUAAGGUCGGUUAAAUGUUCGCGCCAUUUUUAUCACUGUCACACUGUAGGUACCGCAAGUAAUAGUACUUUAUCGAUCAUAGAUCUGUCACCAUUGUAAACAGACCCAGUUUAAGUGCUUAUAAUUCGUCUUUUUGAAUGGUCAAUAUAGUUUUUAUCCACAACAUUACUAACAUAAAUGUUUAUAUUUCGUAAUUACAUCAAGUUCAAACAAAAUACAAAUCGUAAUAAAGCCAAUCUGACCGGUUAAGAAUUGCAGACGCCCGAGUUAAACAUCACUUUACGUCCGCCAUUUUGACAAAAGUGGAAGAUCACAUGCGCUAAAUAUGGUUUAUUUUUUGUCGCAUUCUAAGAAUAUAACUUGAUGACGAAGGGUGUUUUCCAAAGUUAAGAGGGGCCUCAAUUGGGGAAACUAUUGUUUUUGUUGUUUUUAAAACGAUUCCUUCUUAAAAACAAGCAAUUAAAAAAAGGGAAAUUUUCAAAUAGUUUUUACUUCUGAUCGGCACAUUCGGCAUGGCAUGGCAUAGUACAUAACUGAUCUAACAGCAUUAUUCUUUACGACUAAAUCACAAACUCUGCCCCCCGUUUUGCCGCAGGCUGCCGAUUUACACUUAAAAUCACCCACCGAUAGCCUCAGCAGGUGCGCACAGCCUAUGCCAUAAUGAAUUACGUCAUUCGUUAUUCACUUCCGGUUUAUCCGAAAACGCAUGGAAAACUCAUUUCUACUGAAUUAAUUGACUAUUUGAGAAUUUCUCAGUGAGUAUAUUAUAUCUACGUUUUUCUAUACGUACAAAUACAUCCGUUCACGCAAUGUUUUAAAUAAUUUGCGUCUUCUGGACGCUUAAAAUCGCAAUCGAUCGGUGUUCUUGUUGUUACAUGACAAGCAAAAAUUACUUUCACUUUCGUUUUUUCUAAGUAAACAUCUCAAGCGGAUUAGCGGUAAAUUAAAGCAAUUAACAACUUGAUACUAGACGAAUACUUGAUUAAGAAAUGCCGAUAUACUUAGAAAAUAACAUAUAUUGAAGAAAAAAACAGGAAAUAAACAAAUUAAAAGAAAGUGGGUCACUAAAUUUAAUGGGGUUUCACAUUGUAUAUUACCUACAAAUUCAGCAAUAAUUUAUUGAAUAAAAGUCAUAAUGACUCAUAUUUGUCAUUUAACUGAAGAUUGUGUUAGUCUAAGUGCAUUGAAAGUGUGUUUAUAAUAGAAAGGGUCAAUUAAUUACUCACCAUUGACCCAUAUCAGCAUUUGUAACUCUUUUCAGUCUACUGACCUUACUUUUUUGUACUUUCAGUUACUGAAUUAUCCGUUAUGUCAGAUGAUGACAUAAAUUGUUCACCAAUUCUAAUAUUAUAAGAAUUCCUACUACGUGAAUAGAAACUCUGAGAUAACAUGCGGCUGCUUCGUUCUCCAUCUUGGUUCCAGUUAACUAAGUGAUAAGACAGACAAGGGGAAAAUAUGGAUCCAAAUACUUCAACGGUUGAUCUGUAUGGAGAUAUUGAUGAGAUGUACACGAGUCAGACAUCGACAACACAAGUCCUGGAUACCUCACAGAAUACAGAUCUAUACUCUGGUACCGAUGUGCCCUCAGACGCUCCUGAAGAUGAAGUAGAUUCUGGGGUCAAAGGCCACCAUAAUGACCUUGACCUUUAUGAUGACCUUAUUACAGAGGAAGUUCAACAAAAGGCAGAAUCACAUCAGGAGAUGCUUAAGAGGUUUGAAGAAGCAAUGUCCAUGGUCAAACGGUUAGAGUCAGAAAACCAAGUCCUGCGAAAGUCUGUGAAAAAACAGGAGAUGUCAUGCCGUGACCUGCAGAAGAACUUCUCCAGUCUUCUAGUAACUGCACGAGGGGAGAUCAGCAGGAAAGAAAGGGAGAUAAAUGACCUCAGGAAAUCAAUGGCAAAGUUCCCAGGGAAGCGACAUGGCAACCCACCACCCUUUAAACCUACCUCAGACUCCAGUAUUACCUCCCUUGACUCCUCCUUUGAGCCAAUGUUUGUGUCCAGCCCUUCUAAUAGAGCACAGGAUAGAUUACAAUGCAUAAAGCCGAAUAGUUCUUCAAGAAGCAAAGAAAUGGAUAGAUUACAUAGCAAAGAAUCAAGCAGUCCUUCAAGAGAAAGAGCAAGGGAUAGAUUACAUAAUAAGGAUUCUAAUAGUCUUUCAGGAGAUAGAGCAAGGGAUAGAUUACAAAGUAGGGAUUCUAAUUGUCCUUCAGGAGGUAGAGCAAAAGAUAGAUUACAUAGUAAUAGUCCUUCAAGAGAAAGGGCAAGGGAUAAAUUACAAAGUAGGGAUUCUAAUAGUUCUUCAAGAGAAAGAACAAAGGGUAGAAUACAAAGUAGGGAUUCUAGUAGUCCUUCAGGAGACAGAAGAAGUGAAAUGAGCCAACCGUCAAGAAAAGGUCAACUUAGUCCUAGUAAGAGAGAUGCAAUAGGAAAACAAAAGGUGGAUAAAAUUGCUCAAGAAAGAGAAAGACUUACUGCUGCAUAUUCACAGAAAGAUAAUAAGGUGAAAAGAAACAUUGAGAAUUCCGGUAAAACAACCAACAUUGACAAGUCUGAAGGUGAAAAUGUUCAGAAUAUUGAGCCAAGGACAAAAGUGAAUGAAGUAAUAAGUCAGGACAGUGAUGAUGAAGUUGUAAAGUUUGAUGGAAAUGUAACUGAGACUUUGUUCACUAGGAGAAUAAGGGAAAAGUUACAUGAGGAGAAAAAGGAAAAAAUAAAAGAAAUGAAUGCAAAAUCUGAAAAAGUUGAUAGAAACAAGCUAGACACAAAUGGUGAAAGUAGUGAAAAGAAUAUGUAUAAAGAAGAUCAUUUGAAUUCAAUACAACUGGACAAAGAAAAGAAACCAUCUAGUCAUGAGACAGUUAUGAAUGAUAAUCAGCCAGGCAGGAAAGACAUUGAUGAGACAAUAAAAGAAAACAGUAAAGGUGAAAGAAAAACCUGUGAAAUUGUGCAAAUGAAAGACUUGAAUUCUGCUAAUCUAACUUUAUCUUCUGACAUUGACAAGGGUGUAAGAAACAGUAAUGUAUCUAAUGAAACUAGAAGUUCUAGAUUAAAAGUUAAUGCUAGCCUCAUGAAAGAUAGCAGUUUAAAAAGUGCCAGUCCACAUGUGGUUGAAACUGGUAAAAACAAUGAUCCACAAGCAAAACUAGUAUCCGAGGUAAAACCUGUGUCAAAAGAAAUCUUAACAUUUGAUUUGAGAGAAAAGCUUAAGCAAAGGAGAGAACAAACCCAGACAGAUAUACCAUCAAUUUCAAAGACAUUAAGAAAUGAACAUUGCAAAACAUCAAUUAAAAUACCUCCCAUAAGCACCAAAUGUAAAGAAAAUGCAAUCUGUGAAGAUGAAGAAAAAACUGUUUCAAAGAAAUACAUUUCAGCUGAAACCAAUGAAGUGAAGAAGAAAACUGUAGAAAAAAUAAAUUCUCAAAGUAAAUUAAAAGAUACUGAUUUAUCAAAAGAGAAGGCAUUUCUUGACAGCUUAAAGUCAUUUGUAGUUAAAGAGAAGAAAACACUAACAGUGAAACUUGCUCUAGCUUCAGAUCAAUCCAAUGCUGUUAAAGUGAAAAAUGUAGGGUCACCACUAAAACAUAACUCAAGAAAUGUAGUAAGCUAUUCCGACUUUGAUGGUGAAAUAGAUAGAACUGUUGAUACAACUGGUGAAAGAAAUGAAAAGGUAAAAACUACAGAUGUUGAUUCCUCAAUGACCCAAAGUAUUGAUUUGGAGAGUACAGUAUGUGAUGAAACAUUGAAUUACGUUGAUGUUGAUAGUCAGAGAAAUGAAACUUCAAAGAAAGUAAACACAGGAAUGUCUUCAACUUUCGAAAAAGAAGAUAUGGAUUUUGAUGACACUUGUAAUGAAGCGGUUACAAAAAAUAAUGACCAUGUUGACACUGGUCUUGAGGUUACUGGCAACAAUGAUAAAGUAAAACUGAACAAAACAGAAUUGAGCACAGAUGCUAGCAUACAAGAUAGUGAUCAUUUAGAAGAAGUUGAAAGCGUUGGUGUUAGAAGAUCAACAAGACUUAAUAGCAAAAGAAACUCAUCAGAAACCACAUUGGGUGAAAAUAUGGAUUCCUGUGAUAGGUUGAAAAUUGGCAGCUCUGAAAAAAUUACUCAGAUAAAAAGUCCAACAUUUGGUAGACAAAAUUCAAGAAGAAAAUCAUCAGAAAGUCAGAAACUGUCUCCUAAAAUGACUGUUAAAACAGAAACUAUUUUAUCAUUGACCUCAGUUGAACAGCAGGGUACAAUCACAUAUAUUGUGAAAACUAAUGACACUGAUACAGACCUAGUAUAUACAAAAGAGUGUGGAAACACUGGCACUAGUAUUAAUGAUUUAGAGGCUGAAAAGGAAAGGCAAGGAAAUACAUGUACAGUUGCUCAAACUGCGGAGAAAGAGCUUAAAACUGGUGAAACAUCUGAUAAAGUGAAAAAAGAUGUUGUAAAUAAGACAGAGAGUACAAAACUUGACAGUGGGUUGACCCUUUCAGAUGCAGAAAAGAUAAAAGAAGAUGAAACUGCUUCUCAAAGUGAAGGUUCAAUGCCUGAACAUAAAGAUACUUCUGCUAAAAGUGUGUCUGAGAACAAAGGGCUUGUCGAUGAGACACCUGCUUCUUUGGAAAUAAGUGCUUGUUCGAAGAAAAGCUCUUGUCACAAGCCUAAUUGUACAAUUAAAAUAAGUCAUCUGCAUCCAGGAACACCAAGAAAAAUAAGCAAAUUGGUUGCAAGUGCUCAGAAAGUGUCAGAAUCCAAAAAAGAUUUCGAGAUUAAAUCGGACAUGACAAGUAUGUCAAGUAAGACAUCUACAAGUAAAUGCUUAGUUGGAAAUAUAACAGUGCAGUCUGUGGAGAAAAGUAAAGAUAAUGGCCAUGUUACAGAUGAAUCUUUAGUGGUUGUUAAGGGAAAGGAACCAGAAAUCAAGAGUUAUAACAUUAAGGACUCUGCAAAGGAAAAAGCCAUUCAACAAGUUGAACUGAAGGGAGUUAAAGCUACUGCAAAAGAACCAAUAACUGUUAAAAGAAGUCUGGUAGUAGAUGUUGACUCAACUAAAAUGUCUGAAUCAAGUUCUUCAGACAGUGAGGGUGAUUCUUCAUCUUCAAAAUCAUCAUCAUCUAAAUCUUCAUCAAAAUCAUCUAGUUCCAAAACAUCAUUAAAAUCCUCAUCAUCAAGAAAGUCUAAAAGUGGUUCAAGCUCUUCAUCUUCUACAUCUAGCUAUAGUUCGUCUUCUGACUCUAGCUCAUCAGGCUCUGAGAAAGAUGAAAAACAACUGGCUAAGAGGAAAGCUAUUGUGAAUAAGGAUUUAAGAGGAAAGCCAGAGGAGGAAAUAGCUGUGAUGUCUGAAAUGGACAUAAGUGAAGGUUUGGAAGAGCAAGCCAUAGUGACAAAGUUAUCUGAAAAUGUUGAGAAAAGCAACACUGAAGUGGACAAAGGACAGGCCAGAUUAAUUGAAGAAGACAAUGACAGGAUAAAGGAUAGAUGUACUCCUUGUUCAAAAAACAAUAUAAAGAACUCGCAAAGAGCUGAUAUUUCAAAUGAAAUACAAAUCCAAAAAGAAGGUAUAACUCCAAAUCUAGAUUUAAAAGGGAAUAAUCAUGUUAAUGAAGAAACCAAACAAAGUGUAAAGCCUGAUCAUGAACAAAUUGUAAACAGUGUUUUGAUAGAGAAUAAUAGUCUUGAUAUAGUCGAGAACACAAACCUAGAUGUUAACUCUGAAUUAAAGAACAACCAUGAACAAAGAGAAUACACCAAUCAACGCAUUUUAAAAACUAACAUUAAGGCAGUGGUUCCAGAAGAUAGGAAGGUGAGAAGUCCAGAAUAUUUUGCAACACCAAUACAUGCUAAAGGACUUCCAAUGGAUAAAUUAGAAGUUGAAACCAUCAAAACACCUGGAUCAAACCAUAGCGUAUUGAAUCAAUCAGCAGAUCGAUCCCCCCUGUUACUUCGACUUCUGAGUGCCUGCCAGGAAGAACUUCAAAGGAAAAAAAGAUUGUCUGGGAACAAAGUUGGAGAGCUUGAGAAAGAAGAAGUGAAAACUAGAGAAAGUGAAACUGACGUUGACAAGUUGGAUAGUGCUGAAGAAUUAAUUAUUAAUAAGCAGGUGGAUAUGGAAGUUGAUGAAGUUUCUGAAGCACCAUCGAUUGUUUCUCAGGGAUUUAAUGUUAGAGAUACAGAAAUUGGUGGAGUAGAUUCAGAAAUGAAUUCUGCAAGUGUUUCACCAAGUGGAACUGUUGAUGUACUUACUCCACCACAAGAAAAGAUAGCUGCACCUAAACAAAAUGGUAGAGAUACAUUUAUCGACAAAAACAAAGCAGAAUUAUCCGAAAAUAAACCUGGACCAGGGCUUAAAAUUUUUAGCAAAGAUUUGUUUGGAAGCAAUUUAUCAUUGUCACCAUCUGCAUCAGUUAAGUCUUCUAGGUCAUCGUCAGUUUCAUCGACAAAGUCAUCUUCCAGUGUAUCUUCAUCAUCUAGUGGAAGCUCACAUAGUUCAUCGAGGUCAUCCUCAUCUGGAUCAGGAUCUUAUUCCAGUUCAAGUUAUUCAAUUUCAGAAAGUAGUGAUAGCGAAAAAGAAUGUGAAGUAGAGAGUAAGUCGAACUCUAAAAGAAAUAGUGAUGAGAAAGUUUUAAAGGAUAUGAAGAAGCGUGAUGUUACCUUAGAAAAAAACGAAUUGAGGGAAGGACAUUUUUCGCAAAUAGAAAAACAAGCAAAUAAUCAGUUGCGAACAGAUAAAAGCCAAAACACUGAUGAAAUCAGCAAAAAAAAUACUUUAAAGAAGAACAGGGGUAAAGCUUCCAUUGAAAUAAAUAAUAUGUUUCAAGGCAGAAAGAAAAGGUCUGAUAAAGUUUCCAAUAAUUCAGGAACGACAACAACAAUGGCAACUGAAUUGAAUAAGAUUGAUAAAAAGACUAUUGAUGGAUUAGACAAAAGCCAAAAACCUAAAGCUCUAAAGAUUUCCAUGUUAGAUGUCACUAACACACUCUCACAAGAUGGUAUGUCCAAUCCAUAUGUAGAAGAGGAUGAAGCACCAGCAUUUAUGCUACCAGACAAGUCUAGUCCUAUAAAAGGUGAGAAUCAACGGAAGACUAGGAAGAAAAAGAGCCCUGUAAGUGGACAAACUAAAUCAUCUGCUCAGCAAAAUGAAUCAAUGAAAGAGAAUAAUACAAAUACUAAUCUUACAAAGGAAGCCACCUGUACAAUUAAGGGAAAAAAGGAAUCCAAUAGCAUUAAAGGUGAAGAUAGCAAGGAAACAGAUGUAAAAAGUCAGAAGAUUAUAACUGAACCUAAACUAUUGAAUAAGAAAAAAUCACAAAAGUUAUCCUCUGAGUCAAAAUCAAAAUUGAACAUGGAUGUGAUCAAAAGUGACAAGAGAACUGAUGUAGCAGAAAAAUCACAAACAGAUGUAUAUAAAAUUCAAACGAGUACUAUGCCAGAAAAUGUCGAGGAAGUAUUACCCCUAGAAACUGAAGAACUUGAAAGAGAAUCUAUGGGAAGCCCUAAAUCUGUUAAACUAACUGCUGAUGAAAAGCAUAGGAAAGAUGAAUGUUUAAGAAGAAGUCCUAGAUUUAAACCCAGCAGUAUAUUAUCUAUACCAAGAAGUGAAAAACCAAAUGCUGACAGGCAAAAGAAUAACGAUGAAAUAACUGAAGCUAAGAAACUACCUGAAAGAACAAGUCCAAGAAAGAAGUUUCAUAGUUGUGAAAAUAAAAGAUUACCACAUGUUCUGUUAAGUGAACCAGACACUAAAUCAGACAAUAGAAAAAUUGGAAGUAAGAAACCGAUCAAAUCAAAGUCUAAUGAAUCAGUAAAGCCAAAAGAAAUGCUUACUGCCGGAACAAGUCCUGGAAAGAGUGCUACAGUUGACAAAAGCAUUCAUGAUGCAAAUGAAGUAAUAAGCAACAGUUCAAAUCAGGAUAAUAAAGUAAAGAGAGUGAGUUCUGAUUCACUGAAAGAAAAUCUAGAAAGUGACUUCUUAAGGGAAAUUGAGGAAAUUACUUCUGAUCAGGCAAUGAAUUUCCUUGAUAAAGGAAAGAAACGUGUCAAAUCUGGGAAUCAGAACAAUAAAGAACCAUUGGAAGCCUUCGGAAAGCAGUUUGCUGAUAUACAGAAAACUGUGUUAAGUGAUGCAAAGAAACAAAAGUUUAAUAAUGAAAGUUACAGAGACACUUCCAAAGAGUAUAUUGAUAAACUGUUGACUGAAACCUUGAAAUUGAAAGAUACCUCCAACAAAAAUCAAGUUAAAAGUCGCACUGUUGCACCUGUAUUGAUCAAUUCAACAGCAGACAGUCUAAAAACAGAUGAAAAGGGGGCAAGUGAUAAGAUAUCGAACAUUGAAAACAUAAAAGGCAAAACUUUGCCUGGUAUAAUUCUUCCAAAUGUGCAAUCCGGUGUAUUAAAGAAAUUUACAAUACCUAAGUUGAAGAAAGCAAAGAGAGAAGAAAAGGACAGCAGAACUCAAGUAAAGCAGAAGGAUAAUGAGAGAAAACAUGAAAGACCAGUGUCUGUGAAGACAUCAUCCAGAAGAACACACAGCCCAAGAGAGCGGUCAAAAUAUGAUACUUUCUCAAGAGAUGAUGGAUCUAAAAGAAAGGUACUUUCACCUAGAAAGAGAGAUUUGCACCAUAAUAAAACUAGGCACCAUUCAGAGUCAAGUGACAGUGGAAGGGAAGAUGUUCGAAGAAAGCGUGAUACAGACAAACUUGUUAGUGUUUUGUUUGGUGGUGAUACAGUCAAUGAUAAGAGAUCUAGAUCAUCACUUGACAACCGCAAACCAAAUCAAAAUGAGAGAACUAGAGAUAUGGAUAAGAACACUGUGAAAUCUCUGCAAAAUUCCAGAAAGGAUAGCAAUAAUUCAGGAAAUAGAGGACAUUCUUCAAAAGAUUCUAAAACUGUAGUUGCAAGUGAUAGGCAAAAAGAAGAAAGACACAUUAACAACACUAAAGGGGGCCAAAAUGAGAAAGAAGACAAACCUGUAAGAUAUGAGAAAAAGACAGAGAUUGCUGAUGGUCAUGAAAUGGAGACAAUUGAUAGUACGAAAGACAAUCAAGGCAAGAGUGACAACCAAGCCAAAUCAGACAUAAGAGAGGACAGAAAUAGUGAAAAGUCAGAAGAAAAUGUAAAAUCAAAUAAAAAUAGUGUAGAAAAGAAAUUGUCAAAGAGUUAUCACAGACAUGAGGAAGAAGAAAGUGAAAUGAAAAAUACUAGAAAAGAAAAUGUUUAUUUGGAUAAAGCUCCUCGGCAUGUCAAAGGCAACAGAAAGACUACUCCUGUAAAGAAAAGUCCGAGAAAAUUGAUUAUAUCUGAUAAAUUGUUUAAGUCUCCGUUGAAGAAAGAUCAUAAGCAAAAAAAUGAUGCAAAGUUAAAGCUCUGUUACAAAAAUGGUGCUGUCAAAUCAAUUACUUCAGAAGAGAGUAUAAUUAAGAAGCCUGAACUCCAGGAACAAGCUGUAGAUAUUCUGUUGCUUGAUGAGAACACAAUGGAUUGUUUCGACUAUGAUGAUGACAUGUGUCUUGAUAACUCUACAAUAGUUGACAAUGACUUCAAAAAGUCCAAUGAUAUUCAAAUUGAAAAAUCUCAAACUCAUAGAAAUGAGGAAUCACAUUCUGACCUUGAGAGUGAAUCUGUAUCCAUAUCUGAAUCAGGUAGUGGUGAAUUAAGUUCUAGUAAUUCUGAGGUAGAAAUUGAAACCGAGGAAAAGAUGGACAUUAAAAGACCUACAGUGUCUAUCGAUAAUAAAAUCAAAGAAGGAAUGCAAAUUCAUACUCCAAAAGCUACUAGGGAAUGUAUAACCUAUGAUGAUGGUUUGUUUGACGUUGAAGAUGAGUUAGAAUAUGAUAACACUCCUAAGAAACGCAGCUCCAAAAAGACUUUGAACUCCUUUGAAAGAACAUCUAAUUUUAGCCCUGUUAAGUUUCCAUCGAGAUUUGAAGAGACUUCAAAAAAUAGUGAGUCUACAUGUAAAUGCGCUAAUAAAAGAUGUGUUCAUAAAAGAGGCAUAGACGUUAAAUCUGGUUCAGUCAUUAAGUCCAGACUUGGUGGGAGAAAAGGGAGCUCGAGUGAUAUAGAUUCUUGCAGUGAUAUUAACACACCACCAAGAGCUAGAAGGAGAUACAGAGAUAAAUUCAACCCAAAUGUAGUUCCUGACCAGAGAAGAACUCCUCGUAGCAAGCUUUCAAGAUUACAUCGUAGACAUUCUGAAAGAGACCGACAUUACAGGGAAAGACAUAACAGAUCAUCUGUUUCAAGAACACCUUCACCGAGAACCAGGCCAGAAAGGUAUAGAAGUGGUCAUGGUAGAAGAAUAUCAAGAUCAUUUUCACCUGUGUGUAAGAGAAGACGGUCAAGGUCGUUUACACCCAAGAAAAGAUUAGAAAAAUAUCGAAAAAGAGAUCACAGAUCAAAAGAUGCUGUUGAAGAUAUUGGUAAAUCUGAAGAUGAUUCUCUAUCAACCAGUAGGUUAAGAAAAGAAGGGAUAGGUAAGACUAAAUAUUUAGAUCAAAGAAGAAAAAGCUUUGAAAGAAGGGAUGUGUUAAGAAAUCAAAGAAGACGUGAAAGUUAUAAGAGAUAUAGUUCUGCCAGUGAUGAAUCAGAAAUUAAUAGUGAUAGUCAAAUUAAAAGGAGAAAAAGUAGAGCUAAACCCGAUAAAAGGGACAUUGACCCGUUAUCAACGGAUGGCAGUGAAACUGAAUUGAAUAUGGUAAAGAGCAAAGCUAUACCAGACAAUAGCUCAUCCGAUGAUGAAAGAUUUUGUAGAAGCAAGUUUGAAAAUGACAAACAUAGCCAAGACAGACCAUCUGAUGAUAAGUCUAGAAGUAAAAGAGAAACACAUGAGACCUCAAGAAGAGAUGAAAGUAGAUACAGUAUUAAGUCUAGAAAAAGAAGACAUUCUUCUGUGGAUAGAUCACCUCUUGGUCCAAGAUCAAGGUCAGGCGCUAGAAAACGCCACAAGCGGGCAUCUUUGUCAGAGUCUGAUUCAGAUAAAGGGACAGAGUCAAGAAGGGGUAGAGUUUAUCAUGAAAGUGACUCUGAUGAGACCAAAAAGAAAGGAACAAGGAAAGACCGUGCAAGACAAAGAUAAAUAAGAUUAUUAUGUUUAACAUGUGCUACAUACCUUCAGUUUUAGCUUAUUUGCUAAAACAUAUGUCAUAUUUAAAAAAAAUAUUUGUUAUAUUUCAGGUCUAUUUAACUGCAGAUUUUUGUACUUUGAUGUAAAUAAGAUUUAAGUUAUUAUUUUUAAAGAAACCUUAACUUAAUUUUUAUUGUAAUGUUCUGUGUUUGUUUAAUACAUUUGCGAGGGAGUAAUAAUACAAACUAUUUCCGAAAAGUAUUUAAAAGGUUGCAGUUCAAGAGUUCAUAAUGACAAGUACUUAUUGCAAAAACAAUUCCUUAUCAAAAAUAUAACUGAAAUUCAAAAACUUGCUUUGAUAAGUGGAUCAUUUAUAUGAAGACCACGUGUUUUAAAGGGUAAUAUAAAGUUUUCAUACAAUGUACGUAUUAUUUUGAAAGUUGUUAUUAAUGGUUACCACUCCGUGUUUCAUUUCCUUUCUGUAAUUGUUCUGACUUGUAGUAUUUUUUUGGGAUCAUAGAUCAUUAUUAACUUUGCAUAAACAUUUCAAUGUUAUAAUAAAAUGCUCUUA